AUGAAGGCCCGUAGCAAGUCCAGAAACCAUCGAGCGACUACCGUGCGCAAAACUACCCUACAUCCUCGCCCUCUCUUUCUUCCUCUCCUUGAUCGCCCUGUUCCUCGCCCUGUUCCUCGCUCUUUUCAUCGCCUUCUUCCUCGCCCUCCCCCUCGCCAGAAUUGCGUGUUGCGAGACGAGGUGCUUCAAGCAAACGGGCUCAUCAACGAUAUCCGCAAUGUCCUCCCAGAACCAUCGAAAGAUUCUGCGUAUCAAGCAUGGUGCAAAGAAUUAGAGCAGCAUCCGAGUUUCCAAACAUGGCUUCGGGAAGAACAACCUGGACUCUUAGUGCUCGAUUCACACAAAGAGCAGGAGACAGAGCACAUCUUUGACAGGCUAGCAUCGCACCUCACUCAACGGCUUAUGGAAGCGGGUCUUGCAGUCCUCCUUCUGCGUUUGCCAAUCAAAGGCGAAGAGCCGUCUGACUUCGCGGCUCUGAAGUUUUUGAUCCUCGAGCUUCUGAAAAACUUCCCUGAGGAGGGCUUCGACUUGCAAGAUAUAUUUCAAAAGCAAUAUUUGGGUUGUGUGAAACUCUUCUGGGAGCUUCUGGAGCGGCUCAGCGGGCACAAGAGCUUGUAUAUUAUCAUCCACAGCUCAGGGAUACAUGAACCUCAAUCCCAAGCCGACAUGCACUGGCUCCUGGAGGAGUUCCUCAUGCCAUCCGUCAAUGGCAGCAAAUGGUCGCCGAAAGCGGUGAAGGUGUUACUUACGCCACCGCUCCCGGAAAAAGAUUUCUUGGAGCGUCUAGGGCCGCACGAAAGGAUCGAGUUUCGUGGAAACGGGAAGCUGCUAUUUGUACACUCGACCACAAGAAUUAUACCGACAUCUGAUACAAAGCGUUACUACGUUCGUGGAUUGCUAGCCAGAAUGUCGAACACUGGCCCAGAGAACAUCAAUCCCGCCCCGAACGGCCACCCAAAUGCCGACACAACGCACCCAGCGCCUCAAGCAAUCGUUACCCCAAGUUCUCAAGCUGUGACUCAGUAUGCCGUGGCUCAGAAUACCAACGCAAUCCCUCCGCAUCCAAUAUGCUACAUGCGGAACCACCUCGUGCUUGGAACCCAAGCGUCUUAUCUGCGAGACGUACUGCGAGUCGAUAGACGUAUCGUUGAAACGGCAUGGCGGCACUCAAGGUGCGCAAAUGACGACAAAAUCAAUGAUGCGUCUUCAAAAUUACGACACCAGUUCUGGCCAAUAAUCGAAAGUUCAGGCUCGUGCUGUGUUCACUUGGUGCGAGCGGGAGAUGAUGCGGAUCCAACGCUAUUCGGAGGGUUGGCCCUUAAGAUCGUCGACAAUCUACAAUCGCCUCCUGACAUCAACCCACAAUGGCGUGGCUAUACCGUACUGGGCUUUCAGUACGGGAACGCGAGUCGUUUCGAAGAUCAUGCUGGACCGGGUUAUUGCUUCUUUCUUCGGAGUCUGCUUGGCCAAUUACUGUCUUCCUGUCUCAGCACGGCCACCUUCUAUCCCCAAGACUUUCCACCUGAGGUGCCAAGCCCAUGGACCGCAACACCCUACGGAGCAUGA